AUGUCUCGUGACGAAAACAUCUCCUCGGGUGUUCAAACACCCACCAACGAUUCCCUCUUGGAUAAGUCUAUCCAGGAACAGAAAAACGAUGACUCCUUGGAUGACCUUCCAGAGUUGCCAAAGAAGUCUGCUUCCGAAUACAUUGUGGUUGCAACUUUAUGUUUCUUGGUCGCUUUUGGUGGUUUUGUCUUUGGUUUCGAUACCGGUACCAUUUCCGGUUUUGUCAAUAUGGAUGACUUCAAAGAAAGGUUUGGUCAGCUUAACGGUUCUGGCGAGUACUACUUGAGUGAUGUGAGAACAGGUUUGAUGGUUUCCAUCUUCAAUGUCGGUUGCGCCAUUGGUGGUAUUUUUAUUUGCAGAGUCGGUGACGUUUACGGUAGAAGAAUUGGUAUUAUGUUUGCCAUGGUUAUCUACAUUGUGGGUAUUGUGAUCCAGAUUGCUUCCCAGGAUGCCUGGUACCAGUACUUUAUUGGUAGACUCAUUACUGGUUUGGCUGUCGGUACCGUUUCUGUCAUUUGUCCACUUUUCAUUUCCGAAGUGUCUCCAAAGCAAAUUAGAGGUACUUUGGUCUGCUGCUUCCAGUUGUGUAUCACCUUGGGUAUCUUCUUGGGUUACUGCACCACUUACGGCACCAAAACUUACGAUGACUCCAGACAAUGGAGAAUCCCAUUGGGUUUGUGUUUUGCCUGGGCCAUCAUGUUGGUGGUCGGUAUGGUUUCCAUGCCUGAGUCUCCAAGAUACUUGGUUGAGAAGGCCAGAAUCGAAGACGCCAAAACCUCCAUCGCCAGAUCCAACAAGGUUUCUGUUGAAGACCCUGCUGUGUACACUGAAAUCCAGCUUAUCCAGGCUGGUAUUGACCGUGAGAAGCUCGCUGGUAACGCUUCUUGGAUGGAAUUGAUCACCGGUAAGCCAAAGAUCUUCAGAAGAGUCAUCAUGGGUAUUAUGCUUCAAUCUUUGCAACAGUUGACCGGUGACAACUAUUUCUUCUACUACGGUACCACCAUCUUCAAGGCUGUCGGAUUGCUGGACUCUUUCCAAACCUCCAUCAUUUUGGGUGUGGUGAACUUUGCAUCCACCUUCUUGAACAUUUACCUCAUUGAGCGUUUGGGUAGAAGAGUGUGUCUCUUGGCUGGUUCCGCCAGUAUGUUUGUGUGUUUCGUGAUUUACUCCGUCUUGGGUUCUGUCAACUUGUACAUUGACGGUUACGACAACACCGAAGAGAACACCAGAAAGCCAACCGGUAACGCCAUGAUCUUCAUCACCUGCUUGUACAUCUUUUCGUUUGCUUCCACUUGGGCAGGUGGUUGUUACUGCAUCAUCUCUGAGACUUACCCAUUGAGAAUCAGAGCCAAGGCCAUGUCUGUGGCCACUGCUGCCAACUGGAUGUGGGGAUUCUUAAUUUCCUUCUUCACUCCGUUCAUCACAUCCGCCAUUCACUUCUAUUAUGGUUUUGUUUUCACCGGCUGCUUGUUGUUCUCCUUCUUCUACGUGUACUUCUUUGUCUAUGAGACAAAGGGUCUUUCCUUGGAAGAAGUUGACGAGAUGUACGCCUCCGGUGUUUCUGCCUGGAAGUCUGCCGACUGGGUUCCUCCAUCGACCGCCCACAUGGCCCACGCCACAGGCUACGCUGCCGACGAAAAGCCAGUCGACGAGCAAGUUUAA